GUUUAGAUUCAGUUUCUCUGUUACAGUAAAAAUCAUUCAUUAAAAUCUGUUAUUAUAUUAAACUUAACUGUAUUUGAGCUUCCUCUGUGUGUUUCAGUGGGAUUAAAGAGUUUACAGUGUUUAAUGGUGUUAGGAGGAGUUAGUAUUAGAUGAAUGUAGCAGGUUAGCAUUAGCUGUUAGCUUCUUUAUUCUCUUACAUUUUGAAGAGAAUUAAAAUAAAGAUCAUCAUCAUGACUGCAGCUGUGGAGUUCAGGACUCACGUGGAUCAGUCCUGCAGAUACUCGGAGGAAUUCAUCAAUAUUUAUUAUGAGUGUAUGGAUAAGAAGAGAAGAAACCUGAUCAGACUGUACCUGGAUAAAGCCACGCUCGUGUGGAACGGGAACGCCGUCUCGGGGCAGGACGCUCUGGGGGAGUUUUUCGAGUCUUUACCCUCCAGUGAAUUUCAGGUGCACACUCUGGACUGCCAGCCCGUCCACGAACAGGCCACUCAGGGUCAGACGACCAUGCUGGUGGUGACGGCCGGUCUGGUGAAGUUCGACGGGAACAAGCAGAGAUAUUUUAACCAGAACUUCCUGCUGACGGCUCAGACGUCUCCAAACAGCGAGCAGCCGGUGUGGAAGAUCGCCAGCGACUGUUUCCGCUUCCAGGACUGGGCCAGUUGAGCUGGACGUGGAGCCGGAGACGCAGGGGCCCGAGCGGCGUGAUUGUAAAUAUUUUCCUCUUUACAGAAUCAGACGUGAGACGAAGUUUCUUCAGUACGAAACAGUUUAUUCAUCACAAAGUAUUUCACACAGGAAGUGGUUCAACAAAUUAAAUAAAUAAACAUCAUGGAUCUUCA